AUGAGUGACGAAACAAACGGGUUGGUACCCCAAGGGUCGCCCGAACACUAUGCCAUUGGUAUCUCCUUCGGAAAUUCGUACAGCUCAAUCGCGCAUAUAUCAGGAGAAGGCAAAGUUGAGGUCAUUGCAAACGAAGAGGGAGAUCGGCAGAUCCCAUCUAUUCUGUCUUAUAUCGAAGGAGAAGAGUUUCACGGCACGCAGGCAAAGGCGCAGUUGGUCCGGAACAGCAAGAACACAGUUGCUUUUUUCAGGGACUUUAUAGGCAAAGACUACAAGUCCAUUGAUCCAACACCUUGCCAUGGCUCCGCUCAUCCCAUCGAGGAAAAUGGCGAGAUCUGCUUUGCCGUUCGAGACACCGCAGACAGCGAAACAGAAAACAAGGUUCCGGUUUUGGAGGUUGCUGCGCGGCAUUUGCGGCGGUUGAAGAAUUCGGCGUCCGACUUCACCGGCAAGACUAUCACGUCAGCUGUGGUCGCUGUGCCAACAGACACCAAUGACGAACAAAAGGCCGCCUUGACGAAGGCCGCCGCAAAUAUCCAGGUGGAAAUCCUCCAAUUCAUGCCUGAACCGAUUGCAGCCCUUCUUGCAUACGAUUCGCGGUCUCCAGAUGCUACCGCGGACAAAAAUGUUCUUGUCGUAGACUUUGGUGGAAACCGAUCUGAUGUCGCCGUGGUAGCGUCAAGAGGAGGCAUGUACAGCAUUCUGGCCACUGCACACGAUUAUGAAUUGGGCGGCACCCAGUUGGACCAAGUGUUGGUGGACCAUUUUGCCAAAGAAUUCGACAAAAAGCACAAGACCGACCCACGUAAGAAUGAAAGGAGCCUGGCAAAACUCAAGCUCGAAGCUGAAGCGGUCAAGAAGGCGCUCAGCCAGAGCAACAGUGCCACCUUCAGCGUAGAAAGCCUUGCAGAUGGCGUCGAUUUCAGGUCUACAGUCAACAGAACGCGGUAUGAAAUUCUCGCUUUGAAGACAUUUGGACGGUUUACUAGACUGGUUGAGGAAGCGAUCAAGAAAGCCGGACUCGACGUACUGGACAUUGAUGAGGUCAUCAUGUCUGGCGGUACAUCGCAUACACCAAAGAUUGCGAAGAAUAUUGAAGCCCUUUUCCCGGAAUCAACGCAGGUUCUCGCACCGGCAACGACGCCCACGGCAUUAAAUCCUUCGGAGUUGUCAGCAAGAGGGGCUGCUCUGCAAGCUUCUCUAAUUCAGGAGUUCGAGAAAGAGGAUAUCGAUCAAUCCACGCAUGAAAUGGUUACCGUCACGCCUCACUUGACCGCUGCCAUCGGCUAUCAGGUGACAGGCCAGCCUGUAGAUUCGUUCACGUUGAUCAUUCCUCCGGACACGGCCGUUCCUGCUCGAAGAACGAAAGUCAUACUGGGUCUCGAAGGCGAUGUUCUGAUCCGAAUCAGUGAAGGCGAACGAGAAAUCACAGUCACGCACCGCGAGCCUCAAGCAAAGCCCGAAACCAAUGGAACGAAAGAGGACGAGGAUGACGACGACGAAGACGAAGAUGAGGAAGACGAGGCUGAAGAGAUACGCGAGAAGGUCUGGCGACCCAAGCGGCCUCUGGCAGAGCUGAUCUUCAGGGGCCUGAAGAAGGGAUCCAAAGUCGAAGUCACGGCCAAUGUCGAUGCGGAGCUGGCCCUGUCCAUCACCGCUCGGGAACUGGGUGGGAAGGGGGGCAUUCGCGGCGAGAUUAAGGCAUCUGAGACAGCGCAGCAGAACGGAAGCGCUUGA